AGAGGCCGUGGCGGCGAAUCGGGGUCGGGUAUACUGCUGAGCGACUCACAUCACAUCUUUCAGUACUCCACAGCGGCCGACGUUUGCUGAGUCGAUAGCGAUAGCAAGCAGAACCGCUUGUAUGGGAUAGUUAUACGAUCAAUGAGUAAACUAUCGGCGGCGUCUGCAUCUUUAUGUGAUUAUAUUCAAGUUCCUCUACGUAGAGAGCGACUGUAGGUUACAGGCUAGGGUGCUGCGUGUACAACGGUCUGCCAUGGUUUAGCUCGGCUUGUCACUGCGGCAGGAACUUCACACAGCGGCGCGGCGACCAGGGACGGUGCAGGAGGAAGGUCACGGAGGGAGGAAUUUUGCGCACGGUGAAAGAGAGAGCCGCAAGUAGAGGGCGAGAAAGAGUCGAGGAGAACGAGAGAGGCAUACAUAGAUAGAGACAGCGACGAACUGAGAGAGAUAGAGUAUUACUAUUAGAGACAGCGACGGAUAAAAAGACAUACAGAGAAAGAUAGAGAUAGCAAGUGACAGAGGGCCAGAGGACACACACCCGCAUGCACACACAUACACACAAUUACAUACGCGCAUACGCACACGUACUCACUCGCCAAGCAACAGGGGAGGGAGAAAAGAAGAUAGAGUGAGUAAAUGAGAGAAAAGGAGGCGGAGGGAAAGCCGCACUGCUAGCACGGACAUGGCCGGUGUUACGAUCAGUCGUACGAUCGCAGCUGUUCUAUGCCUGCUUACCCUGCUACUAACAGCUACGGCGGAGAUUCACCGUGCCAAGCACACCGGUAAAACACUGCUGUACGAGCACGGCACGCAGAGAAGCCCUGAACAGACGGAUGAUAUCGUCACGGAUGAGGAUGAGGACGAGGACGAGAAUUCAUGGUGGUGGCAGGGCAGGCAUCGCUGGGGCAAGAGCGAGGCGUGGGUGUGUUCCCUUUGCGCCUCGGUGCUGGUAGGACUCUGCGGCAUAUUUCCGUUGCUCAUCAUUCCGCUGGAGGCAGGACCAUCGCUGAAGCACGGAGCGGGCGCGGCAAAGUUGAAGCUGCUGCUGAGCUUCGCUGUGGGAGGACUACUCGGUGACGUAUUUCUGCAUCUUCUGCCCGAGGCUUGGGGACACGUCGGCACAGAUGCUAACGGACACGUGACUAUAGGACUGUGGGUGAUCACAGGAAUCCUCUCCUUCAUCCUCAUGGAAAAGAUAUUUGCGCAGGAUACAAACGAGGACGACCAUACGGACCAAAAGCUCACCAACCAAUACGUCAACCACAAUAACAACAACAACAACGUGAAGACAAAGGCGAAGCAGAAACGAUGGAGAGCCAACAGCAAGGUCCACGUCGCCAACGGAAUUACAAAGGAUGUACAUUGCCAUCAAGUGGUAGGAAGCAGAAGCAGUGGCAGUGAUACUGACGCGGAGUUAACGUCAUUGGCCGCAUCGAAGUCACGUGACCAUUGCCUUCAUGCUUCUCCAGUGAAGAUGUUCACGGCGAUGGGAGGCAUGCUGGGGGCAGUGGUGGCACUAUCUGUCGAGUCAGCCGAGGGCCUCGGUAACAGGACAGCAUGGAUCCUGCCCUUCACUGCUGGUGGUUUCAUCAACAUCGCCCUUGUGAAUGUGCUACCAGACCUGCUGACAGAGACCAACCCCAGGGAGUCUGUGAAGCAGAUCGCAUGCCUAGGAGGAGGAAUAGCAGUGAUGGCCCUGGUGACAACUGUAGUCGAUUGACAGGCGAAGGCACCGCACAUACGGCACCGGUAAAAGCACUGUAACAGGCAGGAGCAGGGCCCCGAUUUAACUGAUUUAUGUGUGUCUACUCUUCUCCUAACCAAAAGGGAAGUGGGCGAUGAGGACGAGCAAGUGGGAAAAUCAUACUGUAAUACUUGUAAAACUAGUGGAAAUGCAAUACUAGUACGUUGCAAGACGUUGUAGUAAAGUGACAACCACAACAGAAGCGACAGUAGUAGUGAAGGUAGUGGCAGCAGCAACAGUAACAUAAGCAAUAGUAGCAGUACCACCACCACCAGCACCACCACUGGUAGCCAUAGC